CCGUCUAAAAUUAUAAAACAUAAGAAAACGAAUACUUCUACAAUAUCUAAACAAAAUGGAAUUUCUCAAAUCCUUUACAACUAUUAUCUUUGUAAUGUUUCUGGCCAUGAGCGCUCUAGAGACCGUACCUAUGGUUCGAUCUCAACAAUGCCUAGACAAUUUGAGCAAUAUGCAGGUGUGUGCGCCGCUGGUUCUGCCUGGUGCAGUCAAUCCAGCCCCGAAUUCAAAUUGCUGCAUCGCUCUCCAAGCAACUAACAAAGAUUGUAUAUGUAACGCCCUUCGAGCAGCCACCACAUUUACCACUACUUGCAACCUCCCCUCUUUAGAUUGUGGUAUAACCAUAUGAGUGGUUUCAGCAACGGUCAGUUCCGAGGAUUUGGGGAGUUUGGUCUGCAAAAGACAACGAGAAUAAAAUAAAAGUAUUAAAAUAACGAGAAAGUGUGUGUGUUUUUUUUUAAUUUGGUCUGUUGUUCGGUUGGUUCAAUAACCCAUCUAUUAAUAUCGUUUUCAUAUUUAUUAUGGUACUAUUUUAAAAUAAUUGCAUCAUCAUAGA